UUUGUUGCAGGUAGUGAUGAAAUUAAGAACAAGAGGGACCAUGAUAAAAUCCACACAGUACAGAAGCCAUAUAAACAUUUGGAGCAUGGAGAGAGCUUCACUCAGCACUUUAUUUCCAUUUCACAUCAAAUAAAUCCCUUUGGGGGGAAACCCUAUCAGUGCUUGGAAUGUAGAAAGAACUUUAGUCGGAAGGAUAGUCUGACUUCCCAUCAAAGGAUUCAUAGAGGGGAGAAACCAUAUCUGUGCAUGGAAUGUGGAAAGAGCUUCACUCAGAGUGCCCAUCUCACUUCCCACGAAAGAAUUCAUACAGGGGAGAAACCACAUCAGUGCUCAGAAUGUGGAAAGAGCUUUAGUGUGAAGUCAAAUCUCACAGCCCAUCAAAAAAUUCAUAUCAGGGAGAAACCGUAUCAGUGCAUGGAAUGUGGAAAGAGCUUCACUCAGAGUGCCCAUCUCACAUCCCAUCAAAGAAUUCAUACAGGGGAGAAACCAUAUCAGUGCUCAGAAUGUGGGAAGACCUUCAGUAAAAGGGCUCAUCUCACUUCCCAUCAAAUAAUUCAUAUGGAGGGGAAACCCUAUAAGUGUUUGGAAUGUGGAAAGAGCUUCAGUCAGAGUGCCCAUCUCACUUCCCAUCAGAGAAUUCAUACAGAAGGGAAACCACAUCAGUGCUUAGGAUGGGGACGAAACUUCACAGUGAUGUCCAAUCGCACAGCCCCUCAAAAAAUUCAUACAAAGGAGGAACUAUUUUAUUGCUUGGAAUGUGGAAAGAGCUUCCGUCAAAGUGCCCAUCUCACUUCCCAUCAAAGAAUUCAUACAGGGGAGAAACCGUAUCCCUGUUCCAAAUGUGGAAAGAGCUUUAGUGACAGGGCAAAUCUCACUUCGCAUCAAAGAAUUCAUACAGGGGAGAAGCCAUAUCAGUGCUUGCAGUGCGGAAAGAGCUUCAGUCAGAGCAACAAUCUAGCUUCGCAUCAAAGGAUCCAUACAGGGGAGAAACCGUAUGAGUGCUUGGAAUGUGGAAAAACCUUCAGUCACAGCCACCAUCUCCUUUCCCAUCAAAGAAUCCAUACAGGGGAGAAACCAUAUCCUUGCUUGGAAUGUGGAAGGCGCUUUAGUGACAGGGCCAAUCUCACUUCGCAUCAAAGAAUUCAUACAGGGGAGAAAAUAUAUCAGUGCUUGGAAUGUGGAGACAGCUUCAGUCGUAAGAGAAGUCUCACUUCACAUGAAAGGACUCAUAGUAGGGAGGAACCAUUUAGAGGAGAGGAAAUGAAGGCGGGGGGAGGGUCCUCCCGAGCAAGAACCCCUCUCUUCCUGCAAGGGGCGGGGUGUGGAGAGGUGGUCUUUUUCCUGCGCAAGCGCUGUGUCGGGGGCGCCUCCUGGGACCCGAAGUUGCUAGCCCCUGUUGGCAGAAGACCAAGGGGUUCGUUCCAAUCUCUUGGAAGCUUCCUGAGAGCCCAGAUGGAUGAGCAAGACUCAGCUGGCCCUGAAGCAGGAAGAGGUUAUGCUGUCCAAACUGGGAGCAGUGGGGGAUUCUGGGAAAACUCUGUGAAGAAGAUCCUGGGUGAGGAGGACACUCUCUGCUCAGAUUUGCAGAGCCAGCAGUUCAGGCAGUUCUGCUACCAGGAGGCCAAAGGACCCCGAGAGGUUUGCAGCCGACUACACCACCUCUACCGUCAGUGGUUGAAGCCAGAAAGGCACACGAAAGCUGAGAUGCUGGACCUGGUGAUCUUGGAGCAGUUCCUGACUGUCCUUCCACCAGAGAUGGAGAGCUGGGUGAGGGAAUGUGGAGCAGAGACCAGUUCCCAGGCGGUGGCCCUGGCCGAAGGUUGCCUCCUGAGUCAGGCAGAGCAGCAGGGAAAGGAUCUGUUUGCAGAAAGGAGCCAAGAUUCCUCUGAGGCAGAGAAGACUCUGUUGGACGCCAGAGAGAGGCCACUGGCUGACAGAAGGACGAUGGCAAGAGCUCCUCAUCCAUCUUUUCCUGGUGGAGGGGAAGCAGUGGCUGUGGAAGGAAUUCAGGGUCCAGUGUGCUUUGAAGAUGUAGCUGUUCAUUUCACAGAUGAGGAAUGGGCAUUGCUGGAUCCUGACCAGAGAGCUCUGCAUAAGGAAGUCAUGGGGGAGAAUCGUGGGAUCACGGACUCUCUUGCUGGUAAUGAAUUGGAAAUUGGUGAUGAAUUGGAAAUUAACAAGGGAGACCGUGACAAAAUCCACACAGCGGAGAAGCCAUAUAAAUAUUUGGAGCGUGGAGAGAGCUUCAGUCAGAGUUCCCAUUCCACUUCCCAUCAGAGAAAUAAGAGCGGGAAGAAACCAAAUCAGUGCUUGGAAUGUGGAAAGAGCUUCAAUUCCAAGUGGAGUCUCACUUGCCAUCAAAGAAUCCACACUGGGGAGAAACCAUUUCAGUGCCAAGAGUGUGGAAAGAGCUUCAGGCAGAAGGAAAGUCUCACUUCCCAUCAAAGAAUUCAUACAUUGGAGAAACCAUAUCAGUGCUUGGAAUGUGGAACAAGCUUCACCUGGAAGGAAAGUCUCACUUCCCAUCAAAGAAUUCAUACAGAGGAGAAACCCUAUCAGUGUUUGGAAUGUGGAAAGAGCUUCAGUCGGAGCACCAAUCUCACUUCCCAUCAAAGAAUUCAUACAGGGGAGAAACCAUAUCACUGCACGGAAUGUGGAAAGAGCUUUAAUACAAGUGUAAGCUUCCGUCGGCAUCAAAGUAGUCAUCGUGGGGAGAAACCAUUUCAGUGCCAAGAGUGUGGAAAGUGCUUCAGUCAAAAGGGAAGUCUCACUGCUCAUCAAAGGAUUCAUACAGGGGAGAAGCCAUAUCAGUGCAUGGAAUGUGGAAAGAGCUUUUACCAGAGCUGCAAUCUCACUUCCCAUCAGAAGUCUCACAGGAUCGGGACACUAUUCUUUUGGUUGCCGGGAACUGAGCUGGGCUCCGAGAGAGAAGAGACAGAACUUAGCAGAAGGCCAAGGAGUUCCUUCCAAUAUCUUGGGGGCUUCCUGAGAACACAGAUGGAUGAGCAAGACUCAGCCGGCCCUGAAGCAGGAAGGGGCCAUGCCAUGGAAACUGAGUGCAGUGGGGGAUUAUGGGAAAACUCAGUGCAGAAUAUCCUGGGUGAGGAGGACACCCUCCGCUCAGAUGUGCACAGCCAGCAGUUCAGGCAGUUCUGCUACCAGGAGGCCAAAGGACCCCGAGAGAUUUGCAGCCGACUCCACCACCUUUGCCAUCAGUGGCUGAAGCCAGAAAGGCACACGAAAGCCGAGAUGCUGGACCUGGUUAUCUUGGAGCAGUUCCUGGCUGUCCUUCCACUGGAGAUGGAGAGCUGGGUGAGGGAAUGUGGAGCGGAGACCACUUCCCAGGCGGUGGCCCUGGCCGAAGGAUUCCUCCUGAGUCAGGCAGAGGAGAGGAAGCAGGCAGAGCAGCAGGGAAAGAUUAUCUUUGCAGAAAUGGGCCUGGAUUCCUCUGAGGCAGAGAAGACUCCGUUGGUCAGGAGAGAGAGGCCGCUGGAUGACAGAAUGAUGUCAGGGAUACCUCCUCAUCCAUCUUUGCAUGGAGGCAGAGGAGAAGCAGCAGCUCUGGAACCAGAUCAGGGUCUAGUCUGCUUUGAAGAUGUAGCUGUUCAUUUUGCAGACGAGGAGUGGGCGUUGCUGGAUCCUGACCAGAGAGCUCUGCAUAAGGAAGUCAUGGAGGAGAAUUGUGGGAUCAUGAACUCUCUCAAUGGUGAGGAAUCAGAGAUUAAGAACCAGGGAGACCAUGACCAUGUCUACACCAUGGAGAAGCAAUGUAAAUAUUCUGAGUGUAGAGAGAUCUUCUGUCAAAGCUCCCAUUCCGCUUCCCUCCGAAGAAAUCCAUUGGGGAAGAAAUCCUAUCAAUGCCUGGAAUGUGCGAAGAGCUUCAGUUGGAAAGAGAGUCUCACUUCCCAUCAAAGAAUUCAUACAGGGGAGAAACCAUUUCAGUGCCUGGAAUGUGAGAAGAGUUUCACCUGGAAGGAAAGUCUCACUUCCCAUCAAAUAAUUCAUACAGGGAAGAAACCAUAUCAGUGUAUGGAAUGUGGGAAGAGCUUUACCCAGAAAAAAAGUUUCAAAGCUCAUCAAAGAAUUCAUACAGGGGAGAAACCAUAUCAGUGUUUGGAAUGUGGGAAUAGUUUCAGUUGGAAAGAUAGUCUCACUUCCCAUCAAAUAAUUCAUACAGGGGAGAAACCAUAUCAGUGUAUGGAAUGUGGGAAGAGCUUUACCCAGAAAAAAACUUUCAAAGCUCAUCAAAGAAUUCAUACAGGGGAGAAACCAUAUAACUGCAAGGAAUGUGGACAGAGCUUCUCCUGGAAGAAAAGUUUAAUAGACCAUCAAUGGAUUCAUACAGGGGAGAAGCCAUAUCAGUGUUUGGAAUGUGGGAAGAGGUUUCAUAAAAGUGCCCAUCUCACGACACAUCAAAGAAUUCAUACAGGGGAGAAACCAUAUCAGUGCAUGGAAUGUGGGAAGAGUUUCAGUUGGAAAGAUGGUGUCACUUCCCAUGAAAGAAUUCAUACAGUGGAAAAAUCAUAUACGUGUUUAGAAUGUGGGAAGAGUUUCAGUCAGAAAAAGAGUCUCAUGGCCCAUCAAAGAAUUCAUACAGGGAAGAAACCAUAUCAGUGCAUGGAAUGUGGGAAGAGUUUCAGUCGGAAAAAGGUUCUCACUUCCCAUCAAAGAAUUCAUACAGGGGAGAAACCAUAUCAGUGCUUGGAAUGUGGGAAGAGCUUUACCCAGAAAAAAAAUUUCAAAGCCCAUCAAAGAAUUCAUACAGGGGAGAAACCGUAUCAGUGUUUGGAAUGUGGGAAGAGUUUCAGUCGGAAAGAUAGUCUCACUUCCCACGAAAGAAUUCAUACAGGGGAGAAACCGUAUCGGUGCUUGGAAUGUGGGAAGAGCUUCAAUCGGAAGUUCCAUCUCACAGUCCAUGAAAGAAUCCAUACAGGGGAGAAGCCAUAUCAGUGCUUGGAAUGUGGAAAGAGCUUCAGUAGGAAAAAGGUUCUCACUUCCCAUCAAAGAAUUCAUACAGGGGAGAAACCGUAUCAGUGCUUGGAAUGUGGGAAGAGCUUCAAUCGGAAGUUCAAUCUCACAGUCCAUGAAAGAAUUCAUACAGGAGAGAAACCAUAUCAAUGCUUGGAAUGUGGACAGAGUUUCACCUGGAAGGAAGGUCUCACUUCCCAUCAAAGAAUUCAUACAGGAGAGAAACCAUAUCAAUGCUUGGAAUGUGGACAGAGCUUCGGUCAGAAGACCAGUCUCAUAGGCCAUCAAAGAUAUCACAGUGGGGAGAAACCAGACAAUGGCUGUCUAUGAAUUUAAUUUUCAGAGACUUUGAUUAAUAUGUUCAACGCGGACCCUGAGUUCCACUUCUGAAGGCCUUCUGCCAGUUCCCUGAUUGUGGGAAGUGAGGUUACAUGGAACAAGGCAGGGGGCCUUUUUGAUAGUGUCACCCGCCUUGUGGAACUCCCUCUUGUUAGAUGUUAAGAAAAUAAACAACUAUCUGACUUUAAGAUAAGGAAGUUUUUAAUGUU